CGGGGCCCCACGCGCGGGUGGGUGCGGCAGCCAGGGCCGGUGACCGGCCGGUUGGGGGCCGUGGGGAGCCCGGCAGCGGGAGAAGGAGCCGGAGCCCGGCCGGGAUGACAGGCUGACUCCUCCGGGGGGCGCCACUCGCUUCGCGGGAAGAUGCUCGCCUACUGCGUGCAGGAGGCCACCGUGGUGGACGUGGAGAAGCGCAGGAACCCCUCCAAGCACUAUGUCUACAUUAUCAACGUGACCUGGUCCGACUCCACCUCCCAGACCAUCUACCGGAGGUACAGCAAGUUCUUUGAUCUGCAGAUGCAGCUUCUGGAUAAGUUCCCCAUUGAAGGAGGCCAGAAGGACCCCAAGCAAAGGAUCAUCCCCUUCCUCCCAGGCAAGAUCCUCUUCCGGAGAAGCCACAUCCGGGACGUAGCUGUGAAGAGGCUGAAGCCCAUCGACGAGUACUGCCGGGCACUCAUCCGACUGCCCCCCCACAUUUCACAGUGCGAUGAAGUCUUCCGGUUCUUUGAGGCCCGCCCUGAGGAUGUCAACCCGCCAAAAGAGGACUAUGGCAGUUCCAAGAGGAAAUCAGUGUGGCUCUCCAGCUGGGCUGAGUCUCCCAGGAAGGACGUGACAGGUGCCGACAGCAACGCCGAGCCCAUGAUCCUGGAACAGUACGUGGUGGUCUCCAACUAUAAGAAGCAGGAGAACUCGGAGCUGAGCCUCCAGGCCGGGGAGGUGGUGGAUGUCAUUGAGAAGAACGAGAGCGGCUGGUGGUUCGUGAGCACCUCUGAGGAGCAGGGCUGGGUUCCUGCCACCUACCUGGAGGCCCAGAAUGGCACUCGGGAUGACUCAGACAUCAACACCUCCAAGGCCGGGGAAGUGUCCAAGAGACGCAAGGCCUAUCAGCGGCGCCUGGAUCGCCGGUGGACCCUGGGCGGAAUGGUCAACAGGCAGCACAGCCGAGAAGAAAAGUACAUCACUGUGCAGCCCUACACCAGCCAAAGCAAGGACGAGAUUGGCUUUGAGAAGGGCGUCACUGUGGAGGUGAUCCGGAAGAACCUGGAGGGCUGGUGGUACAUCAGAUACCUGGGCAAGGAGGGCUGGGCGCCAGCGUCCUACCUAAAGAAAGCCAAGGAUGACCUGCCAACCCGGAAGAAGAACCUCACGGGCCCAGUAGAGAUCAUUGGGAACAUCAUGGAGAUCAGCAACCUGCUGAAUAAGAAGGCAUCUGGGGACAAGGAGACGCUGCCCACGGAAAGCGAGGCCUCCGAGGCCCCCGUUGCUAAGAAGGAGAUCAGCCUGCCCAUUCUCUGCAACGCCUCCAAUGGCAGUGCCUUGGGUGUCCCAGAGAGGACCGUCUCCAAGCUGGCCCAGGGCUCCCCGGCCGUGGCCAGGAUCGCCCCGCAGAGGGCCCAGAUCAACUCCCCGAACUUAAGGACAAGACCUCCACCUCGAAGAGAAUCAAGCCUGGGCUUCCAGCUGCCCAAGCCGCCAGAGCCCCCUUCCGUUGAGGUGGAGUACUACACCAUCGCCGAGUUCCAGUCUUGCAUCUCUGACGGGAUCAGUUUCCGGGGCGGACAGAAGGCAGAGGUCAUCGACAAGAACUCAGGCGGCUGGUGGUAUGUGCAGAUCGGUGAGAAGGAGGGCUGGGCUCCCGCCUCGUACAUCGACAAGCGCAAGAAGCCCAACCUGAACCGCCGCACGAGCACGCUGACCCGGCCCAAGGUGCCCCCACCGGCGCCGCCCAGCAAGCCCAAGGAGCCCGAGGAGGCCCCUGCGGGUGCCAGCGACAGCCAGGAGUCCCCCCUGAAGCUCAGAUACGAAGAGCCGGAGUAUGACAUCCCCGCCUUUGGCUUCGACUCAGAGCCAGAGCUGAGCGAGGAGCCGGCAGAGGACAAGGGCUCGGGGGACAGGCGGCCCGCCCAGCCCCGCAGGCCCUCGCCCGCCUCCUCCCUGCAGCGGGCGCGCUUCAAGGUGGGCGAGUCCUCAGAGGAUGUGGCCCUGGAGGAGGAGACGAUUUAUGAGAACGAGGGCUUCCAGCCAUAUGCAGAGGACGCCCUGUCGGCCAGAGGCUCCUCCGGGGACAGUGACUCCCCUGGGGGCUCCUCCCUGUCCCUUGCCAGGAAGAACUCCCCGAAGUCAGGCUCCCCGAAGUCACCCUCACUGUUGAAGCUCAAGGCCGAGAAGAACGCCCAGGCAGAGCUGGGGAAGAACCGCUCCUCGGCCUCCUUUUCCUCGUCCGUCACCAUCAACACCACUUGCUCCUCAUCCUCCUCCUCCUCUUCCUCCUCCCUGUCCAAGAACAGUGGAGACCUGAAGCCCCGCUCCGCCUCGGACGCAGGCAUCCGUGGCACGCCCAAGGCCGGGGCCAAGAAAGAUGCUGAGGUGAAGGCUGGGGCGGCCUCCUGCACGCGGGCCAAGCCGUCCCUCCGGCCCAAGCCGUUGCUGAGCCGCGCAGAGUCUCAGAGCCCAGAGAAGAUGGACAUCAGCACGUUACGGCGCCAGCUGAGACCCACGGGCCAGCUCCGGGGGGGCCUGAAGGGCUCAAGGAGCGAGGACUCAGAGCCGCCUCCCCAGACAGCGUCCGAGGGGCCCAGUGAGGGGUCCAGGAGAGGCUCGGCCGACGUCAUCACCUUCACUGCCACUCCGCCGUGUCCCCCCAGGAAGGAGGGGGAAGGGCCGGCCACUGCCUACGUGACCUGCAGCGCCUACCAGAAGGUGCAGGACUCGGAGAUCAGCUUCCCCGCGGGCGCCGAGGUCCAGGUGCUGGAGAAGCUGGAGAGUGGGUGGUGGUACGUCCGGUUCGGGGAGCUGGAGGGCUGGGCCCCCUCCCACUACCUGGUGCCGGAGCAGCAGGAGCAGCCCGAGCCCUGUAGCGCAGAGCCGGACGUGCUGAGGGGCAGGCAGAGCGAGGGCAAGUCUGACAGCCUGGAAAAGGUCGAGCGGCGCGUGCAGGCGCUCAACACGGUCAACCAGAGCAAGAGGGCCACACCGCCCGUCCCCUCCAAGCCGCCUGGGGGCUUCGGCAAGCCCUCGGGCGCCGCAGCGGUAAAGAUGAGGAACGGUGUGCGGCAGGUGGCCGUCAGGCCCCAGUCCGUGUUUGUGUCUCCACCGCCCAAAGACAACAACCUGUCCUGCGCCCUGCGGAGAAACGAGUCCCUCACAGCCACUGACGGCCUCCGGGGCGUCCGCAGGAACUCCUCCUUCAGCGCCGCGCGCUCGGCCGCCGCCGAUGCCAAGGGCCGCCUGGCUGAGCGCGCUGCCAGCCAAGGGUCGGACUCGCCCUUGCUGCCCACCCAGCGUAACUGCAUCCCUGUGUCCCCCGUGCGCCCCAAGCCCAUUGAGAAAUCCCAGUUCAUCCACAAUAACCUCAAAGAUGUGUAUGUGUCUAUCGCGGACUACGAGGGGGACGAGGAGACAGCGGGCUUCCAGGAGGGGGUGUCCAUGGAGGUGCUGGAGAGGAACCCCAAUGGCUGGUGGUACUGCCAGAUCCUGGAUGAGGUGAAACCCUUCAAGGGCUGGGUGCCCUCCAACUACCUUGAAAAGAAAAACUAGCGGAGGCCCUAGGGUCCCUCCAGCCACAGUGUGGCGCUGUAGCUGCCGCUGGAUGAGCAGUGACGUGUGGACAGGAGGGAAGGACCGCGUGGAACCCUGCAGAAAGUGUGAC